CUAAAUAAAGUUAAAACACUCUCAGAAACAAACAAGUGUUUUUCUUCUUCUUCUUCUUCUUCUUCUUCCCUUCCUUGCUACUUUUUAAACAAACUCAAAGCACAAAAAUGUCCGUUUCACAGGAACUUGGUGACUCGGGGCCUAUGGAGGCCUCCAUUAACAACACCUCCAAGCCUCUUCAGCCUCCCAAACUUGCUAUUUUAGCCGACCUUAACAUCGAUCCCUCUGAAACUGAUGGCGGCGAUACUCUCCAAGUUUCAACUCCGGACAUCGCCAGGUUGUUAAUUGAUGAAGCUAGUCAAGAUAAGAGUACAAUUACUUGUAGAGACAACGAUGCAGUGGAAGGUGAAGGAAAACGGUCAAACAAACUUGGGAGAUCCCGUUCGAGAAGCAAUAAGGUAGAAUCCCCACAUGAUUGCGGAGCUGAUGCUGAUGGUGAUUUGCCAGUUCAAGGGGCUCCCUCAUCCCGUGAGGAGAGAGUUAGCAGCCUUAAAACUGCUUUAGUUCAUGUUGCACGGAAGACACCGAAAAAUGCUCAUGCUCAUUUUAUUCUUGGUCUAAUGUACCAAAGGUUGGGCCAACCAGCAAAGGCAGUUUUGGCAUAUGAAAAGGCAGCAGAGAUCUUACUUCGCCCUGAGAUAGAGAUUGACAGGCCUGACUUACUUUCAUUAGUACAGAUCCACCAUGCGCAGUGCCUUUUAUUAGAAAGUUCGGGGGAUAACAGCCGGGAUAAAGAGCUAGAUCCUGAUGAGCUUGAGGAAAUUCUUUCAAAGCUAAAGGAAUCAAUACAAUCCGAUAUAAGACAGGCAGCUGUAUGGAAUACCCUUGGCUUGAUUCUUCUUAGAACUGGUCGUCUGCAGAGUGCUAUUUCAGUUUUGUCAUCUUUGUUGACUAUUACUCCUGACAACUAUGAUUGCCUUGGGAACCUUGGCAUUGCUUACCUUCAGAGUGGAAAUUUGGAACUGUCAGAAAAAUGUUUUCAAGAGUUGCUUCUCAAAGAUCAAAACCAUCCUGCAUCCUUAAUCAAUUAUGCUGCCCUUCUUUUGUGCAAACAUGGUUCAGUUGUUGCAGGCGCAGGAGCAGAUGCUGGAGAGUGCGCUUCUGCAGAUCAGGUUACUGCUGUCAAUGUUGCAAAAGAAUGUUUGUUAGCAUCCUUACAAACAGAUCCAAAGGCAGCACAUUUAUGGGCUAAUCUAGCUAAUGCAUAUUAUAUGAUUGGUGAUCAUAGAAGUUCCAGCAAGUGCAUAGAGAAGGCAGCAAAAUUGGAGCCUAAUUGUAUGUCUACACGAUAUGCUGUUGCAAUCCACCGGAUCAAGGAUGCAGAAAGAUCUCAAGAUCCUAGUGAACAGCUUUCUUGGGCUGGAAAUGAAAUGGCUUCAGUAAUAAGGGAUGGAGAUUCUGCUUUAAUUGAGUUUCCCAUAGCAUGGGCAGGGCUCGCAAUGGUUCACAAAGCCCAACACGAGAUUUCUGCUGCAUUUGAAACUGAACAGAAUGUGCUGACAGAGGUAGAAGAGCGUGCCGUUUACAGUUUAAAGCAGGCAAUAGCUGAGGAUCCAGAUGAUCCUGUGCACUGGCACCAACUUGGCCUUCAUAGCCUCUGUACUCGACAAUUCAAUAACUCACAAAAGUAUCUCAAAGCAGCAGUUGCCCGUUUUAAGGAUUGCAGCUAUGCAUGGACAAAUUUAGGUAUCUCACUGCAACUGUCAGAUGAUCCAUCACAAGCAGAAGAAGUAUACAAGCGAGCCUUGUCAUUGGCCACAACUGAUAAUGCGCAUGCCGUAUUUUCCAAUCUUGGAAAUCUCUAUCGCCAGCAGAAACAAUAUGAACGAGCCAAAGCAAUGUUUACAAAGUCUCUUGAACUCCGACCUGGCUAUGCUCCUGCCUAUAACAAUCUCGGACUUGUAUUUGUUGCGGAGGGUCAAUGGGAGGAAGCCAAGUUUUGUUUUGAUAAAGCCCUCGAGGCAGACCCAUUGUUGGAUGCAGCCAAGUCCAACGUGAUAAAGGCAACAACAAUGUCCAGAUUGCAUGGGUUUUCUUGAAGUCUUAAAGCAAUAUUGGCAAUCUCCAAAUUGCAUUCCCCUUUUCAUGGAAGUCAUCAAUAUUAAUGUGCACAUGAAAAGGUCCAUUUUGUUUUCACUCGGCACAUGGCAACCGAAUUUAAAGGCCACAGAUAUUUUUUAGCGCGUAUUUUGCUGCCAAACCGACAAAUCUCACUCUGGUGGAGGCAAGCCUUGCAGCGACAGGUGCAACUGUUCAGCCAUCAAGAAGUUUCCAAACAGGUAACCCAAUCCCUUUUCUCCCUCAUAAGCCAUCACAGAAGUUUCACUACAUACAAAUCUUCAAAUUACAACUCAUAUUCGCUGAGCACCACUAGCCUGUGCAAUGCUGCAUUGUACCCCAUGUAGCAGACAUUUUGGACAAUGUCUGACAACCACGGCCUGGCCUGCCUCUACAGAAAUCCAUUUUUCUCUUCCAUGCUUUGGGUUCUCAUAAACAUACUUGGACCAGAUUUAAUUGAAGUUGACAGAAUGCCAAUGCAGAGCUUCCGCAAAUCAUCGUGGGUGAAAGUAAAUUAAACUGCUGCCUCAUCAAGUGGUAAAUCUUCAAAUCAUAACAAGGAUUCCCUAUUUUGGAGUAGUGCAUCUUUUGGUGCCAAAUGACAUUCACCCACGAUGCACUACACCAAAAUAGGAUUCCCAAGUCAAAUAGUGUUUGCACAACUGCUUUAAGAUGAGAUCAUAUCUCUUAUGUGAAUAUUGUUCUUCUCUUUAACUAGUUUUUGUAGCUUCACCUUUUAUAAAGGGGAUAUUUAAGUAUAGCUAAAUGUAAGAGCGUGACUUCUCGAUCUAUCCUACCUUGAAAUCUUGUGGAUCUUUUAUUUUUAUUAUUAUGCAGUGAAGAUUUGAUCCAAA